GGUCUUCUUGGACAUCUGAGUAUGUCCCACAGAUAUACACUUUUCCAGUUCCAUUGCGGAUCCCAGUCACUCUCGGUGCCCUCGGAAGUCAUUAUCCCGAUUUCCACAAACUCAAAAGGACUCAAUCCCCAACUGCGUAUCCACGACACAUCCUCACAACUUUACUUUACCACCAAAUCCAAACAUCCAAACAUCCAAACAUACGAUCUGCAUAAAGUAUCCAUGUAUGUCUUCAUCGCAGACCUCCUCACGCCAAGUGACAUACCGGCAAUGGCGUACAUGUCCGCAUCUCCCCUGUCCGCUGCCCUACCCCGCAUUCUGCGUUAGCAACUCCCACGACAGGCAUAGAUUAUGAUGAUCAUCCAGAACAAAGCACAUUCAAGAGAACACGAAGAGAUGCACAGAGGAGGGGGCAUUGUAACGUCGUAUGGCAUCGUGGACAAUGGGCAUAAGUGGAGACUUCGGGUUUGUACAAACAAGCUGGAGACAGGUAUGAAAGAUGUCUACACCCCAGGAAUUUGGAGAUUCUUAUCUUCUCUUCGGAAUCGAGUCGCGCGUUGUGAGAUUUCUUCACAUCGAAACGUUAGCCAUGAGGGUUUUAUCACAAUGGAGGGCUCUACUCCUGAGUCUAGUAAUAGUGGCAGAUGUUGGAAUUGGAAGUCAGAUAGAGAAGGAAUUUGAUGUUUUUAAAUACGUCGAUCCAUUCAUUGGAACUGCGAAAGGAGGUCAUGUGUUUCCUGGGGCGACUUUACCCUUCGGUAUGGCAAAAGCAGUUGCAGAUGUAAACAAUCCCGAUGAAAAGCAAGGAGGGUUUGCCUCAGAUAAUUCCGAUAUCACAGGAUUCUCUCAUAUGCACGAUUCCGGCACGGGUGGUUCACCAUCACUUGGAAAUUUCCCAUUAUUUCCUCAAACAGGUUGUCCUGGAGAUAUCUUGAAUAAUUGUUUCUUCACCAAAACCGAUCGAGCAUCGAGAAGGAUUAAUGGAACUGCCGAAGCCCAUCCAGGAUACUUUGCCGUAUCGUUAAACACUUCGAUUCACACUGAAGUAACUGUCACAAAUCAUACCGCACUAUACCGGUUUACUUUCCCUUCGAAUUCGUCGUCUAAUGAUUCCCCACUCAUCUUAGUAGAUCUGACGGAUUUGCCUGAGUCUCGAUCAAAUGGUUCAGUCCAAGUCGAUCCAGACACCGGAAGACUGUCCGGCACCGGAACAUUUAAUCCUUCAUUUGGAAUUGGAAGCUAUGAUUUGCAUUUUUGUGCCGAUUUCAAAGGUGCAGAAAUCCGAGACACGGGAGUUUUCAUAAAUAACCGCGCUGGAAGUGAACCCAAGAAUCUAAGUGUAACACCCGAUGGCAUAAACUCACCUCCUCUUCCCGCCGGAGCCUGGACACAAUUUAAAGCACCAGCCAGCAAUCAAAUCCUUGCUCGAGUAGGUGUGUCAUUCAUCAGCAUCGCAAAAGCUUGUCAAAAUGCCGAGAACGAAAUACCCGAUUUUGAUUUCGAGAAAGUGUUGACUGCUGCUGAAGAUGCGUGGAGAGAAAAACUUUCGGUCAUUAGUGUUGAUGCUACAGGUGUUAGUGAUGAACUCCAAACUGUUUUUUGGUCUGGCACUUACAGGGCCAUGAUUUCACCACAAGAUUAUACUGGGGAGAAUCCAUUGUGGGACAGCGAUGAACCUUAUUAUGAUUCCUAUUAUUGUAUCUGGGAUUCUUUUAGAAGUAUUCAUCCCUUGUUGACUUUGUUGGAUCCAUAUAGUCAGACACAAAUGGUGAGGAGUUUGAUUGAUGUUUACCGUCAUGAAGGAAAACUCCCGGAUUGUCGAAUGUCGCUUUGUAAAGGAUUUACUCAGGGAGGUUCGAAUGCAGACAUUGUUUUAGCAGACUCUUAUGUCAAGAACAUUACUCAGGACGUGGACUGGGCAAUUGGUUAUGAAGCAGUAGUAUCCGAUGCCGAAGAUGAGCCAGCAGACUGGUCAAUAGAAGGUCGAGGUGGUCUUACCAGCUGGAAAAAUCUCGGUUACAUUCCCACCGACGACUUCGAUCCUUACGGAGUAGGGCCUAUGACUCGCUCUAUAUCCCGAACAGUAGAGUACGCCUACAACGAUUUCUGUAUUGCCGAAAUAGCCCAGGGACUCGGCCAAACUGGCGACGUAGAAAAAUAUCUUGGACGCGCCGAGAAUUGGAAAAACAUGUACAAAGCGGACCAAACCUCUUACGUUAACGGAUCCACCGACGCACCCGACUCUAUCGUCGACACUGGCUUCACCGGGUUUCUUCAACCCCGCUACCUAAACGGAACAUUCGGCUACCAAGACCCUACUCUUUGCUCCCCCCUCUACAACUUCACAUCUUGCUACCUCAACCCCAACGGCCACGAAACCUACGAAGGCAGUUCUUGGAUGUACACCUUCUUCGUCCCACAAGACAUGGCCUCUUUGAUAACCACUCUCGGCGGUCCCUCCCUCUUCAUCUCCCGUCUCUCCUACCUGCACACCUCAGGCCUCCUCUACAUCGGCGACGAACAAGCCUUCCUACCCGUCUUCCAAUUCCACUAUGCCGGACGCCCCGGCCUCUCCGCUUACUUCUCACACUUCUACAUCCCAUCUCAAUUCAACACCACCGUAGCCGGUAUCGCCGGAAACGACGAUUCCGGCGCCAUGGGCUCCUUCACCACGCUUUCCAUGCUGGGCCUCUGGCCCGUCUCAGGCCAAAACGUCUACCUCAUCACACCGCCCUACUUCCCAGAAGUAAGCGUCAAGAAUGGACAAUCGGGCAAAGUCGCAACGAUCAAAAACAUCAAUUUCGACGGCGCGUAUGAGAAUAUCUAUAUCCAGAGCGCGAAACUCAAUGGCGAGACGUGGACCAAGAAUUGGAUAACGCAUGAUUUCUGGCUCGAGGGAGGCACUUUGGAGUUGACGCUCGGGAGGAACGAGAGUACUUGGGGAACGGCGGAUGAAGAUUUACCGCCGAGUGCUUCGACUACGGAGUGGUGAGAUUGUGUGAGAGGAGAGAGGAUGUUAAUGACAGAUGAGAGGUUUGGUAGGAUUAUGGAAUGAUUUAUUUAAGCAUUUGAAAUUCUAUCAAUCCUGUUUAACUCAAUGUGUAGAGGGUUUUUUUCUCAGGCCAGGAAGUAGAGAUGUAAUCUUAUUGUUAAUAUGAAUAAUCUCACGAGUAUUAAAUUUGAGUUUGGAAUACACCA